AUGUCCUACAGCAGAAUCGGUGUCGUCACGGGCGCAAACAAAGGCGUUGGCCUCGCCAUAGUGCGGCAGCUCGCGCUCCAGUACCCCAACUCGGCGCUCAACAACGGCCCGUUCCUCAUCUACCUGACGGCACGCGACAAGGGCCGAGGCGAAGCCGCACUCGCGCAGCUACAGCAAGACGCGCAGCUGAAGCAGGCCAAAGCGCUGAAAGCCGACGGCGGCCUCGCAGAGAUCAAGUACCACCACUUGGACAUCACAGACGGCUCCAGCAUUGAGAGUCUGGCCAAGCACUUGAAGGAGGCGCACGCCGAGGGUGUCGACUUUGUGAUCAACAAUGCGGGCAUCGCACUGAAUGGGUUUGACCCGCGGAUUGUGCAAGAGACGCUACAUACAAACUACUACAACACGCUGCUAGCGUGCCACGCCCUCCUCCGCGUCCUAAAACCCACUGGUCGCAUCGUGAACGUUGCGUCCUCCUCCGGCGCGCUGUCCAAGUACUCAGAGUCUGUGCGCACCCGCUUCCUCGAGUCCAAGACCGAGGACGACGUGACAUCCAUCAUGCAGGAUUUCGCCUCUGCUGUUGAGCAGGGCAGGGAGAAGGACGCCGGGUUCCCCAGCGCCGCGUAUGCGACCUCCAAGGCUGGAUGCAUUGGCGGGACCAAGGCGUUGGCGCGGAAGGAGAAGGAGAGUGGGUCGAAGCGGCUGGUUAAUGCGUGUUGUCCCGGCUAUGUCAAUACGGAUAUGACAAAGGGGAAUGGAACGAAGACGCCAGACGAGGGCGCGCAGACGUCCGUGUUGCUCGCGAUCCACGAUAUUGGUGGCAAGACGGGCGAGUUCUGGAGGGAUGGGAAGGUUGUUGAAUGGUAG